CCCCUUGAACCCGGCGGAGUCGCAGCCAGCUGAUUCCCCCGGACCCGGCACGGCAGGCGGGAUGUGGCUCGUGCUGCUGCUGCCGGCAGCGCUGCUGCUGCUGGUUCUUCGCAAAGUUUACCUGGGGCUGUUCGCCAGCAGCUCCCCGAACCCCUUCUCGGAGGACGUCAAGCGGCCUCCCGCGCCCCUGGUGACCGACAAAGAGGCCAGGAAAAAGGUUCUCAGACAAGUUUUCUCAGCUAGCCUAGUCCCCGAGCAGCUGGAUGCGGUGGUGAUUGGCAGUGGCAUUGGGGGUCUGGCAGCGGCUGCAAUUCUGGCUAAAGCCGGCAAGCGAGUUCUGGUGCUGGAGCAACAUGCCAAGGCCGGGGGCUGUUGUCACACCUUUGGGAAGAACGGCCUUGAAUUUGAUACAGGAAUCCAUUACGUCGGGCGCAUGCAAGAGGGCAGCAGUGACCGAUUUAUCUUGGACCAGAUCACGGAGGGACAGCUUGACUGGGCUGCCCUGUCCUCUCCUUUUGACAUCAUGGUGCUGGAAGGGCCCGACAACCGGAAGCAGUUCCCCAUGUAUAGUGGGGAAGAGCCAUACAUUCAGGGCCUGAAGGAGAAGUUUCCAGGGGAGGAAGCUGCCAUUGACAAGUAUAUGAAGUUGGUUAAGGUGGUUUCCAGUGCAGCCGUCCAUGCCGUUCUGCUCAAGUUCCUGCCUUUGCCCUUGGCGCAGCUGCUCAGCAAGUGUGGGCCACUCACGCGUCUGUCUCCAUUCCUGCGGGCGUCCACGCAGAGCCUGGCUGAGGUCCUGCGGCAGCUGGGGGCCUCCCCUCAGCUGCAGGCCGUGCUCAGCUACAUCUUCCCCACUUACGGUGUUACCCCCAGCCACGCCGCCUUCGCCAUGCAUGCUGUUCUGGUCAAUCACUACAUCAAAGGAAGCUUUUAUCCACGAGGUGGUUCCAGUGAAAUCGCCUUCCACAUCAUUCCGGUGAUUCAGCGGGCAGGGGGUGCCGUGCUGACGAAGGCCUCUGUGCACCGGGUGCUGCUGGACUCUGCCGGGAGGGCGUGCGGCGUCAGUGUGAGGAAGGGGUCGGAGCUGGUCAACAUCUAUUGCCCCAUCGUGAUCUCCAGCGCAGGACUGUUCAAUACGUAUGAACGCUUACUUCCUGAGACCGCCCGCUGCUUGCCAGGAGUGAAGCAGCAGCUGGGGUUGGUGCGGCCCGGCCUGGCCAUGUUCUCCAUCUUCAUCUGCCUCCGUGGCACCAAGGAGGAACUGGGGCUGCAGUCCACCAACUACUACGUUUACUUCGACACUGACAUGGACAAGGCGAUGGAGCGCUACAUCUCCAUGCCCAGGGACAAGGCAGCAGAACACAUCCCCUUCCUCUUCAUCGCUUUCCCGUCAGCCAAGGACCCGACUUGGGAGGAUCGGUUCCCAGGCCGGUCCACGAUGAUCAUGCUGGUGCCCACUGCCUUUGAGUGGUUUGAGGAGUGGCAGGAGGAGCCCAAGGGAAAGCGGGGCGGUGACUACGAGACGUUCAAGGGCACCUUUGUGGAAGCCUGCAUGGCGGUGGUCAUGAGACUGUUCCCACACCUGGAGGGAAAGGUGGACAGCGUGACUGGAGGAUCCCCGCUGACCAGUCAGUUCUACCUGGCUGCUCCCCGGGGUGCUUGCUACGGGGCUGACCAUGACCUGGGCCGCCUGCAUCCUCACGUGAUGGCCUCCUUGAGGGCCCAGACCCCCAUCCCUAACCUCUACCUGACAGGCCAGGAUAUCUUCACCUGUGGGCUGAUGGGGGCCCUCCAUGGGGCCCUGCUGUGCAGUAGCACUAUCCUGAAGCGGAACUUGUAUGCAGACCUCAAGGCCCUUGGCUCCAGGAUCCAGGCGAAGAAGACCUAGUGUGCUCAGCGAUGAGUCUGAAGGAUGUGGCCGCUGGCUGAGGCGGGCACUCUGGCCCACGAUGUCUCCGCAUUAGCUCCCUGCACACGUAAAGCAUUUUCCUUUUUGAUUCUGAAGAAGGCCACCAUAACUCCCAGCUUUUUUUUUUCUUUUUAACAUUUACUC